AUGAGGCACACUGGCUCUUGGAAACUGUGGACCUGUGUGGCAAUGUUCCUGCUUCCUGCUUUCACUUGUGUGACGGUCAGGGACAAGUCAGAAAGUACCUGCCCUAUACUGAGGACGGAGGGAUAUCAAGAUGACAGAAGCAAACUUCAAGUUUCAGGCUUUGAUCUGGGAGAGAGUUUUGCUCUGAGGCGUGCAUUUUGCGAAGGUGAUAAAACCUGUUUCAAAUUGGGAAGUGCCCUUCUUCUCAGAGACACUGGUAAGAUAUUUCCCAAAGGCCUUCCUGAGGAGUACUCUGUAGCGGUCAUGUUUCGAGUACGAAGAAGCACCAAGAAGGAGCGGUGGUUUUUAUGGCGGAUUUUAAACCAGCAGAAUAUGCCACAGAUUUCUAUAGUGAUUGACGGCACAAAGAAGGUGAUAGAAUUUAUGUUCCGCGGUGCUGAGGGGGAUCUGUUGAACUACGUUUUUAAGAAUCGAGAACUCCGCCCUCUCUUCGAUCGUCAGUGGCAUAAACUUGGCAUUGGUGUGCAAUCCCGAGUCCUUUCACUCUAUAUGGACUGUAAUCUAAUUGCAAGUCGGCACACGGAAGAGAAGGACUCUGUGGAUUUUCAUGGGAAGACAGUUAUUGCCUCGCGAGCUUCAGAUGGCAAGCCUGUGGACAUUGAACUACACCAGCUCAUAAUCUCCUGCAAUGCAGACUUCCUAGCUAAGGAAUCAUGUUGUGACCUAGCAGCUACUAAGUGUCCUGAGCAAGACAACCUUGGAAGUACCACUCCAUCAUGGGUGACCACUGACAUGGGUGAAAUGUCUUUAUAUCUUCCGGGAAAGCAGGAACUUAAAGACCCAUGCCAGUGCAUUCCAAUCAAGGAGGAAGCAGGUUCACCAACUCUGGGUUCCCUUGGACCUAAAGGGGACAAAGGAGAACCGGGUGAAAAUGGCAUCCGUGGUCUGCCAGGCUUACUUGGUCAAAAGGGAGAACAAGGACUUGAAGGCACCAAAGGAGAAACUGGUGAAAAGUCAUUCAUUGAUUUGAUCACUGAGGACCUACUUCAGACUAGAUACUGUGUUCAGCACUCAGAUAACAUGAAAAAGACAAAAUCUCCUCUCAGAGAACAUGUGAAGGGAUUGCUGGGGGCUUGUGUAGGAUGCAGUGUGGAGGAAGAGAAAGGAACACAUAGUACCUCAGAGAUGGAGGGAGGAAUUAUUUUCACCAGGAUUGUAAAACUCGAGUUCCUCAGUGGGGAAAUCACAGCAGUACAAGGUUCAACAUUACAGGCCAAAGGUGACACUGGUCUGGCUGGCCUUAAUGCUAAAGAUGGUUUGAAAGGUGACUUGGGUCCUCAAGGUCCACCUGGCCCAAAAGGAGAAAAGGGUGAUAUGGGACCUCCAGGGCCACCAGCCUCAACUGCUUCCAUAGGGAUACAAGGCCCCCAAGGUCCACCUGGAAAAGAAGGUCAAAGGGGAAGACGAGGGAAGACAGGACCUCCAGGAAACCCAGGCCCCCCAGGACCACCAGGACCUCCUGGGCUACAAGGACUACCACAGACUUUGGGCGGCUACUUCAAUAAGGGAACUGGUGAACACGAAGCAGGUGGCCUAAAAGGAGAAAAGGGUGACUCUGGGCUGCCAGGAUUUCCAGGGUCUGUUGGCCCUAAAGGACAGAAAGGAGAACCUGGGGAGCCUCUAACCAGAGGUGAAAAGGGAGAUAGAGGAGAGCCCGGCCUUUUAGGACCACAGGGAAUGAAGGGGGAACCUGGAGAUGCUGGUCCCCCUGGUUUAACAGGAAGCCCAGGGCUAAAGGGUCAGCAAGGACCUGCAGGUUCCAUGGGGCCCAGAGGACCACCAGGAGAUGUUGGAUUGCCAGGAGAACAUGGUAUUCCAGGGAUACAAGGCAUUAAAGGAGAGAAGGGAGAUGCUGGUGGAAGGCUAGGCCCUCCUGGACUUCCAGGUCCAAAGGGUGAUGCUGGGCCUCCAGGGAAAAGCCUGCCAGGGAAACCAGGAUUAAAUGGAAAUCCUGGUGCACCUGGCCCACGUGGGCCAAAGGGUGAAAGAGGACUGCCAGGUAUCCAUGGCUCCCCAGGGGACACAGGCCCACCAGGGGUAGGAAUCCCUGGCAGGACAGGCUCCCAAGGACCUGCCGGAGAGCCAGGUAUUCAGGGCCCUCGAGGUCUGCCCGGAUUGCCAGGAACUCCAGGGACCCCCGGGAAUGACGGACCUCCAGGGAGAGACGGGAAGCCAGGUCUUCCAGGCCCCCCAGGUGACCCGAUUGCACUUCCUCUCUUGGGAGACAUUGGCGCCUUGCUGAAGAACUUCUGUGGCAACUGUCCAGCCAGUGUUCCCGGGCUGAAGAGCAACAAAGGAGAUGAAGGAGGCACUGGGGAACCUGGAAAAUACGAUUCAGCAGCCAGGAAGGGGGAUGCAGGACCACGGGGUCCUCCAGGAGUCCCAGGCAGAGAGGGGCCAAAGGGAAGCAAAGGAGAGCGGGGCUACCCUGGAAUGCAUGGGGAGAAGGGAGAUGAGGGUCUUCAAGGAAUCCCUGGCCUCUCAGGUGCUCCUGGCCCAACUGGACCUCCUGGCUUAACAGGAAGAACUGGACACCCCGGUCCCACUGGAGCCAAAGGUGACAAGGGCAAUGAGGGCCCCCCUGGGAAACCUGGACCACCUGGACCCCCUGGUGUCCCGCUCAAUGAAGGAAACGGCAUGAGCAGUUUGUACAAAAUUCAGGGAGGAAUGAAUGUUCCCAGUUACCCAGGACCCCCGGGACCCCCUGGCCCAAAAGGUGAUCCCGGUCCAGUGGGAGAACCUGGUGCGAUGGGCUUGCCAGGACUCGAAGGGUUCCCUGGUAUAAAGGGAGAUCGAGGCCCAGCAGGUCCUCCAGGAAUAGCUGGCAUGUCGGGGAAGCCCGGUGCCCCAGGCCCUCCAGGAUUCCCAGGGGAGCCGGGUGAGAGAGGGCCUGUAGGAGAUACAGGUUUUCCUGGACCAGAGGGACCCUCGGGGAGGCCAGGCAUCAAUGGAAAAGAUGGAUUACCAGGUGCUCAGGGCAUCAUGGGUAAACCUGGAGACAGAGGCCCCAAAGGAGAACGCGGUGACCAGGGAAUUCCAGGAGACAGAGGUCCACAAGGUGAACGUGGCAAACCAGGUCUUAUGGGCAUGAAAGGGGCUAUAGGUCCCGUGGGGCCCCCAGGAAGCAAGGGCUCAAUAGGAUCACCUGGCCACCAGGGCCCUCCAGGCUCUCCAGGCAUCCCCGGCAUGCCGGCUGAUGCUGUUUCGUUUGAAGAAAUCAAAAAGUACAUUAAUCAAGAGGUCCUAAGGAUUUUUGAAGAGAGGAUGGCUGUGUUUCUGUCCCAACUUAAGCUGCCAGCAGCAAUGCUGUCCGCUCAAGCUCAUGGGAGGCCUGGCCCACCGGGGAAGGAUGGGUUACCUGGACCCCCAGGAGACCCUGGACCCCAAGGCUACCGAGGACAGAAGGGGGAAAGAGGAGAACCUGGAAUUGGGCUGCCAGGGAGUCCGGGUCUUCCUGGAUCUUCAGCAGCAGGUUUGCCAGGUUCACCAGGGGCCCCAGGGCCACAAGGCCCCCCAGGCCCCAGUGGAAGAUGUAAUCCAGAAGACUGCCUCUAUCCUAUGGCUUCUGCCCAGCCGAAGGCAGGUGGAAAAUGA